GUAACUAACAAAAAGAACGCGGAAAAAAUUGUUAUCUUCCCCCACUACACAUAUUAAAUGCCCUUGAGCCCUUGGCACAAUUACAAUGACUGUACAGUUUUCAAUUGAUUGAUAAUUUUACUCCUUGAUUACCAAAGUUCCCGACAUCCUUAAAGGUGUUAAUCAAAGUUUUCUUUGAAUUGUUGAAACAUUUUUCCGCCGUCUUUUGUUCAUAAUAAAGAUGCCAGCUAAAGCAGUUUGUGUAUUGAAGGGAGAAGUAAAUGGCACGAUAUAUUUUAAUCAGCCGAACUGCAGCAGUCCUGUAGAAGUAACAGGCGAAAUUUCGGGCCUUGGCAAAGGUCUACACGGUUUCCACAUCCACGAGUUUGGUGACAACACUAACGGCUGCAUUUCAGCUGGUGCUCAUUUCAAUCCUCACGGUAAAGAUCAUGCAGGUCCGACUGCAGCUGAUCGGCACGUAGGAGACUUGGGCAAUGUUGAAGCUGGCAGUGAUGGUGUCGCAAAAAUUAAUUUAAAAGACAGCGUUAUUUCUUUGGAAGGAGAACACAAUAUAAUUGGACGUACUGUCGUCGUCCAUGCUGAUCCUGAUGAUUUGGGUCUUGGUGGGCAUGAACUGAGCAAGACAACAGGAAAUGCAGGUGGAAGGUUAGCUUGUGGGGUUAUUGGUCUUGCAAAGAUCUAAAAAUUGAUCUACGAUAUAACAUAUUAUAUACUUCAUACUUAAAGUGAUUUUGAAAAUUAAUUAUGUUCAUUAAAAAAUAUUUCUUCGAA